AUGGAAAUGCAAGAAUGGGAAUUACUCUCACGAAUGGGAAUAACAAGUCAUAAUGACAUAGAUAAAAAUGAAAUGCUUGGAAGGCGUGAGUUUGAUCAUAAUUACAAAUGGGAUGAAAUAACUGUGCCGAAUGAUCUACAUGAUAUGGCAUUAGAAUUCAUAGCCAUGGCAAAAAAUCAUUGCCUAAAUGAACCUAUACCAUUUGUUGACAAAGGAACAACAGGCAUAGGGAAAUCUUAUCUAAUCAACUGUAUAAGGAAUGAACUUGAAGGAGACACUCCCUAUAGGCAUCAAAUCCUUGCGCUGGCUCCAACAGGAAUAGCUGCAUUUAACAUAAAUGCAACACCAAUACACUCAGCACUGAAAAUCCCUAUUAAAGAUAUGCACCCAUUACAAGGCCAAGCAUUGACCGUGCUCCAAGAAGACAUGAAAUAUGUACGAUACAUUCUCAUUGAUGAGAUGAGCUUCAUAGGACCAAAACUACUUCUACGAAUAGACAUGAGGCUACAUGAAGCUUUCCCAAAUAGACAACAUUUACCAUUUGGAGGGAUAUCCAUAAUUUUGAUUGGCGACUUUGCACAAUUACCACCUGAUGAUUGGGAAUUAUUGAUGACACGCACAAGCAAGGAGCUUACACCCAUUCAAAAUGAAGAAUUUAAUAAAUUAAUACACCCAUUUGCUACAAACAACAUGGUAAGGAGCCAUAACAAAAAGGUGUUACAAAAAUUGAAUCGUCCAGUUGCAAUUAGCGAAGCUGCAAAUGUUCGAAGUCGGCAAAAUGUUGAUUUUGAGGAUGAACAACUUGAAAAGAAAAUUCUAUUAUGUAAAGGCCAACAAAUAAUGCUAACAACCAAUAUAUGGACCAAAUCAGGGCUCGUAAAUGGGGCUCUAGGCGAAGUAGUCGACAUUGUGUAUGAAUAUGGCUUCAAGCCACGAGAUAUUCCAACAUAUGUAAUAACAAGAAUUAAUAACUAUAUUGGGCCAUCAUGGAAUCCGACAUAUCCAAAAGUUGUACCAAUAACUCCAAUAUCACUGGGAAACAGAAGACAAAUCCCACUUAAGAUGGCGUGGGCUAUAACAGUCCACAAAUCCCAAGGCUUAACACUCCAGAAGGCAACAAUUGAUAUAGGAGCCACUGAAAGGCAAGGCUUGACAUUUACACCCAUAUCCAGAGUUAAAACAUUAGACUGUCUUCGUAUAGAACCUAGAUUCUCCUUUGAAAGAUACUGUAAAAUGCAGAACAACCCAUAUACAAUCAUUAGAAAGCAAGAAGAAGCAAGACUACAACAACGAUCACUGCAAAAUAAAAUAAAAGUUAUAUGUCAGAAUUAUAGAAUUAUAUCUCUAUAA